AUGGCGUGGUGGGGCAGUGCGGAGCGGGUUGGCAGCCUACGAAGUCGCCGCUGUGGCCGGCUCGCAGUGGUUGGGCGCCAGGAUGGUCCCCGGAGCUUGGACCCUGUGAUUGCUGCCUCCGGCUUUAACUUUACUCUCCAGCGCUCUGGACUCUACCUGCUCGUCGCCCUCAUUCGUCCAAUCGGAACCGCAAUUCCUGGUACACUGGUCCCAUGGGCUAAAUCCGACGAGAGUGCCCCCCUCGACUUUUCAAGCGGACAUACGGUUACUGGUAAAUGCACGGACGAUCGGAUGAGCCCGUGCGAUCGCUGGGUCCAACUGAGCGGCGGUUUAAUGCACGGCGUACAGCAGGACUCGGUGUACGCCGCUCUUCCGGGGGGCUCCGGUCUCGGGGCUGGAAAGAUCGACAUCCUUGCUCAAGUGCAGCUAUGGCGUGACAAAUACGUCGACCAAACCUGGCUCGCCUUGACGGAUGACGACGCUGCGACAUUCCAAAUCUCCAUCAACGACGCCCACUGCUUUGCAAUCCAGGGCCAGUUGGGUGAAGUCACGACCAUUAUGGGCAAGGCUCUCCCGUCUCUGUCAACUGAAGCAAUUGACCUGGAGAGGAACAUGCUCAGACUCAUACGCUGCCUCGAGCACUUGGCCAGAUACAAGAUGACCAAGGGCGUGAUCGGCGGCACCGGUCAGGGAGCUCCUGAUCAGGGAGCUCCUGAUCAGGAAAAGACUGCAGGGGCAGUCAAAGUACCAGUGGGGGGGGCCAUCCGGGGAAAUUCGUACGAAUAUGCUAACCGCACCGUAAAACUGGAACUGUGA